UUGUCCCAGUGCGCCCGCCUUACGUGUCAAUGUGGCUGUGGUGUUCUCAUGAUGUGUGUUGUCAACAUCAAAAUAUUAGUUAGUAAAAAGAAAGAAUAAUUAUGGGAGAUGAGCAUCCACUCCAGGUUAACAACACUAGCAGCAGCUCCCGCUGUACUAUCUUCAAAGCAGCGCCCGACGACUAUCGAUGUGAUGUGAUUCUUAAAGUGAAAAGAGCCACAGGGACAUUUUCAUUAGUGGCAUGUUUUUUCAUGCUCUUUGUGAUAUGGCUGAUGCGCAGAUAUAACUCUUUGGCUCAGAAAAUGGUAGUCAGUUUGACAGUAGCUGCAUUUUUUGACAGUGUUGCAUAUGUUAUGGGAGAGUCUCAUCCAGUGGGCCCUCUGUGUAAUUUUCAAGCCUGGUGGCUCACAUAUUUUGACUGGACUGCACUGGUGUGGGUGUGUCUUAUUACUUUCAAUCUCUACCUGAACCUGGUGAAAGAAAUCAGAACUGAACAUUAUGAGAUACCGUACCAUGUGGUGGCGUGGGGGGUUCCUCUGUUCAUGUCCACCCUCCCCCUGAUGGCUGGAUACUACGGUCCUGCUGGAGCCUGGUGUUGGAUCACAGAUAAUCAUGUUGGGUGGAGGUUUGGCAUAUGGUACAUCCCCCUGUUUAGCCUUAUUAUCCUCAUGAUCUGCUGUUAUGCUCGAAUCAUCUGUGUGGCCAACGAAAGGAUGCGUUCCUGGUUAGGCACCUUUAAUCCUGAAAGAGAGAGGAGGAAGAUCUCUCUAGCUGAAGAGAUCAGACCGUUGAAGUGGUAUCCCUCUGUCUAUCUGCUUGUCUCCAUCUUCCCCCUCAUAAAUCGACUUCAUAAUGCUGCUUACCCAGAGGACCCUGUGUUUCCUCUGACAUUACUGCAUGUGCUUAGUGCACCAUUGCAUGGACUUGCAAAUGCUCUCGUCUUCGGUAAAGACACCUGGAGUCAACUGAGUUCAACAGGAAUAAAGAUGGCGAUCCGGUCUCGACUGUGCGACAGCACAAGGAUUGGAGAGUACCAUGCCACGAAUGUAAGAUACACACAUGACCUUGAUACACACUCCGAUUCUGAUGAUGAGGACAACAACGUCAUCUUUUACAGUCCGAACAUGGUCUUAAAAGACAGGGGACCCUUGGAAAAUGUUUAGAAAAGAAGUGUGUAUGUGUGUGCCUUUAAAGAAGUUCAUUCAGUGUUUCUGUGUUGCAGCUUUUUUUAUUAUAGUUUGAAAACAGAGAAGAAAAUGGUUGAUAGAACGUCUUCCUUUGCCUUUAAUGACGGGUAGUAUCAUAACGUUUGUUUGUACUGUAUUAAUAAUGUGGGAAAGCUUUCAUUCAAGCUAUUUACCACCUCUAAUAUACUUUGUUGCAUAUAAUGGAAUUAAAGACUGCCUUUUCUAUUUCAUUCAGCUGAAUAUUUCAGACAUGAUAUACUUUGAAAAAAAUUGAGCAUGUUUUACUAUUAUAUUUAUGAAAAUGUAUGCUAUAUUUUUGUAUCGUUUACGGAUUCAACAAAUUUUAAAUACAAAUCUAAUAACAUUU